AUGGAUUAUGUGGGGGCGGCGGGCAGAUCUGGGGGUUUGACCUGCUUAUGGGAUCCUUCUGUUUUUAUGUCUUUGGGUGUGUUGAAACAUAGGCACUUUGUUGUCAUUCGAGGCCGUUUGGUGGGUUGUAACAAGACCCUUAACAUCAUUAAUGUGUACGCUCCUCAUCGGGUAUCAGAUAAAAAAGUGGUUUGGGAUUCGAUUCUUGAGGUUAUGGGGUCGGUAAACGAUAUGUGGGUUCUUUUGGGUGAUUUUAAUGCGGUUAGAUUCCCGGAAGAGAGGAAAAAUUCUGUUUUUAACAGUUCGUGUGCUUCUGCUUUUAAUGGUUUUAUUGAUUCGGCGGAGUUGGUGGAGUACUAUAUGAGGGACCGAAGGUUUACUUUCAUUGCUCCUAAUUCCAAUAAACUGAGUAAGAUCGAUCGGGUUUUUGUUUCUAGGGAGUUUUUCAACACUUGGCCUAAUGCUUGCUUAAGAGCUCUUCCUAGACUGUUUUCUGAUCAUUGCCCGUUACUGUUAGUUGUGGAUAGUAAGAAUUUCGGCGCCAUCCCGUUUAGGUUUUUUAAUUCGUGGUUUGAAAAAGAGGGGUUGGUGAAUGUUGUCGAGAAUGCAGUUGAGUCUUUCGAGAACGUUGGGUGUCGGCCAGAUGUCAAGCUUACUAAUAAAUUUAAACAUAUUAGAGAUAAAAUAAAGGAAUGGAGAAAAGUUACAGGCCCCAGAGAAAAGGAGGAUUUUAACAGAAACAAAGAGGAAAUGGAUCGGAUUGAUAUGUAUGGCGAGAUUAGGGAUUUGACAGAGGAGGAGGUCUGGAUUAAAGCUGAAUGUUUUAAGAAUAUUUGCGAGUUGGUGCGUCAGGAGAAUAUGGAUUUGAAGCAAAGGUCCAGGUGUCGGUGGGCCGUUGACGAGGAUGAAAAUUCGGCAUUCUUUCAUAGAUUGAUCAAUAAUAGAAAAUUGUUCUAA